CAGCUGAAUCGCUUACUCUCUCAUCGACGCUCCAUUGCCGAGUCAUCCUGUUAGAUACGCUCGUGAGUGUCCAAACUGAUUGCUACUGUCCCAGUAUCCCUCCGUGUUCGGAAUCAGGCAUGUCGAACAUUCCCCAGUCGUCAAACCGCCGCAAGGCACGGUCAAAAAAUGGCUGCUUGACCUGUCGUGUCCGCAAGGUCAAGUGUGACGAGCGGCGGCCUGCAUGUCAAAGAUGUACAAAUGGUCUUAUGAAAUGCGAAUGGCUGGAGCCUGGACAGUCACUGAGCUCAAAGGGGGCUCGAAGCUCCAAGAGUUCGACGCCUAGCUCCAUCUCUCAGCGUCCUCUCGCUCCAUCGCCAACUGCGGGGACAGAUGGGUCGCAUGGUGACGAUCCAGAGGAGUGCAACAGCGCCGAGGCCGAGAUACACCUCACAUUGCCUCAUAAUGCGCAUAUCAAUGUCCAAGAAUUAUCAUCGCCGCGGCCAGCCCUUUCCACAAGCCAUAUUCCUUUAUCCAACUCCCUCCAACUGAGCGCCGACGACCAAGCAGCCUUCCUGUAUAUUCCAGAGUCGAUUUUAGUACUCUCCUAUGGCAAACUUUGGACAUGGAGUUGCUUCUCCUACAUAUACACACAUAUUGCAAGCCAAUACUCUGGUGUAAUGAGGAGCUUCAUCGCUGUUGCGUCCAUGGAGCUGCGAGCUCGGGAGGUACUUGCGGUCCGGGAUGGGAACGAUCCUGCUCGGUCUAUGGAGAACGCACAUCGUAUCGGGGCCGCUGCAGGGGUGCACUACUCCGCGACCUUGAAGGACUUAUCGUCUCUUCUCAAUCACAUUUGCCAUUCGGAGGGGAGCAGCAAUGAUAUUGACGCGCUUUUUACCAUGUGGUUUCUUAUUUUGCGCUACGAGGUAUAUGACUCCGAAAGUAAAGGAGCGUCUUUAGUACACCUAGAUGGUAUUCGGUCCUUCUUGAAGCCUUAUUUGGAAACGGGCGGGUACGCCAAUGGAGAGAAGCUGCCAUACAUCUCUCAACCAAUGCUGUUAUAUACGCUGUACUUGGAUGCAGACUCCGCUACUGGUAACAUAAACGGCGGGCGGCUUUGCAUGGAUCUUCUAUCUCGAGAUGCCGACGAUCACAUUUCUCAUGAGCGCAUAUUCCUCAGCGCAAGGUCCAUUCUUCCCAAGAUUUGGGGCGAGACAUAUCCCGUAUCUGAACUGCUUGAUGAUCUAGAAAACUACCGACCACUGCGUCUCUUCCACUUGUGCCAGGCGGCGAAGCUGGAACUCAUGAGACUAGCAAGGUCAGCGAUACCUGAUCUAGAUGCCGCCGAGGUGCACAAGCUAUGGAAACAUACACAGAAUUUUGGUGAUGAAUUCGCUGACAUCCUGAUCUUGGCCAAGUCGAUACCCGACUCUGGUGGCAAGCGGCUCAUAUGGACAGUCUACUCAGCGGCGUUAGACUACCACGCUUUGCAGGUGCUGUUUGCUUGUCUGUUCCCGAGAGACGAAUCUCGAUUCCAGCUCGACGCGGCAUUGUCACAGAUCUUAGCCAUUGCAUCUAAGGCUCUCGGAGAAGAUCCUCGUCAGAUCUACCGCUUUAUGUGGUCACUUUCGGUCGCUCUGUGCAAGACCCAAGGCCACAACAACCAACAUUGGUUGACAGCGCAGCUUGAUAGGGCCCGUGUUCUUAUGCCAAACUUUGACGUUCCUGAUUUGAUAUUGCAGCAUAAGCUAAAGCCGAACGAAGGUCCACAGUUAGCCUGAAUCAUGCAUCGCCUACCAUGUUUCGGCACGGAAGAGGGUGGGAGGACUAACCUAAGAGGGUGGG